AAUAAACACCAUAUACGCAGGUGGUAUUUCGUUAACUUUUUUAUUAAUAUUUAUUCAGGUAAUAGUUUUGUAAAUCGUCCUUGACUUGCGAAACUGACGCCCCCGCGGCAUCUACUCAUUAACCGAUUCACUUACCCUUUCUUAUCAACUAAAGCUUGGUAAGUGUGAACGGGACGAGAGAUUAAACUUGUAAUGAGGUGUGUUGUCCUGUUGUCUCCAGCCAGUCUCAGGCGGCAGCGCGCGCGCCGUGGUCGCUUCGGCGCGCUAUUUCGAAAUUCAAAUUAACGAAUUGACGCGUUCGAAUAACGAAUUUUCAACGAAGUUUAUCGAUGUGUGUGAUUGUGUUUUGUUUGAAGUUUGUGACAUCGAUAAAGUCAAGUGUGUAAUGUGAAACCAGUGCUUAACAAAAAUGGUCAUGGAAUCCCCGCUGCAAGGCCGAUUCUGGCCUCUGUCUCCACGUCUCUGGAGGCGAAGUACGGAGUGCAAAGUUGUCUUCGAGCCUAGAAGACCACCUGUGGACAAACGAAUAGAUCUGACGCCUGAUUUGCUGCGUUCGAAGAAUAUUAAAGAGAGAUUGGGGCAUUUGAAUUUAGAAGAACAUAUUGAUGAGGAAGCGAGAUGGAGUGUCUCGAAGCCUCCGUUAAAAGAGAAGAAGGAAGAAGUAAAGAUGAGGGUCAAAAGGCAGAGGCAGCCGCGACCAAACAGUCUGCAACUGCUGCUGUGUCCGUCCAGCUCUGGGCAUUACAGCAGCAACACUUGGAGGUACACCAGAGUCAGGUCGAGAAGCCAUGAACCUGAGGGAGGCGGGCGCGGCGAGGGCCCGCUAGCGCGCGCGAUGCAGCCCGCGCCGGGCUCGCCCAAGCGGCAGCCUCCUCAGACACAACAUGGAACGGCGCCGGCGGACCAGUCAACAUUGAAGGUCCACUUGCCGAACGGUGGUUUCAACGUCGUCCGGGCGUCGGCCGAUGAGGACGUGCGCUCAGUGCUACGGUUACUAGCGAGUAGGCUAGCGACCGGCGAGCGAGUCUACGCGUCGUGCUACGCGCUACGAGCGAGGCGGCUGACUACUGGGAAGAUUCGAUGGAUCCACCAAGACACACCAGUAUCGGAGCUGAUCACUAAAUGGCCAGCAUCGGAAUGGCGAUUAGAACUGCGCGUGCGUUACCUGCCCGCCAACUUACGCGGCUUAUGUGACUCGGACCGAGUCACGUUCCACUACUACUACGACCAGGUGCGACAUGACUACCUCAACGCCAAUCAUCCCAUGGUGGACCAGGAUCUGGCGAUACAAAUAUGUUGUUUAGAAAUAAAAUACUUCUGCAAAGACAUGCAAAUAUCGUUGGAUAAGAAGUCCAACAUCGAGUACCUGGAGAAAGAGUUCGGGCUGCACAAGUUCCUGCCGAAAUCAGUUCUAGAAGCCAUCAAGCCUAAGGUGCUAAAGAAGGCCAUACAGCAGCAGUUCAAAAAGGUGGCGAACCUGUCAGACACAGAAUGCAUGCUCAAAUAUCUAGAGACGAUGCAUACACACUAUGGCUAUGAUCGUGAAACCUUCACUGGGGCCCUCGGCUCCGGCUGGGCUAUUCCGAUAGAACUCGCCAUUGGACCUGAUAUUGAUAUAUCAUACGUCUCUCACAAGGCGGGCGAGCCGCCGACGUACACGAAAAUCGCCUCGUUCGCCGACAUCGUCGCCGUGCAGACGCUGAAGUCCAACUGCCAGUCGCAGUCGCAAACCACGCAAUCGCAGUCGCAGAGCGGUUCGUCGUGCGGCAAGGCGGCGCUGCAGCUUCGGGUGAAGGGCGCCACGGAGACGCUCACUAUCACGUGCAGCAGUGUCGAGGCUGCAGAAAGCUUAGCAGACUUAGUAGACGGGUAUUGCAGACUAGUCACAGAAUCACAGACCUCGCUAUGGAACAGAACAACUACCGUAUGGAAAUCGCUGAAUUGUCAAUGUAAAACGGAGAUGAGCUCCAGCUCGUCCGAGGGCAAGCCCAGCUCGUGGGAGGGCAACUCGGCCACGCUGCUGUCCGAGGACUACGCCGAGAUCGUCGACGACGACGCCGACUACUCCACGCCGGCCGUUCGGGACUACGAAUUGGUUCGUAACCAGAUCGAGCUCACCGGCAUCAUCGGAGAAGGACAGUUCGGCGACGUACACAAAGGAACUUGCCGAGUGGCCUCAGCCAACCACCCGUCCCUCCGUCGGCAACUCACCAUACAAAAGCAGCAGGGGAAAGGCUCAGGCGGAGAAUACAUACUACCUGUCGCUGUAAAGACCUGCAAAUUGGAUGCAGAUCUAGACACCGCCGAGAAGUUUUUAGAAGAAGCUUACAUAAUGCAGCAGUUCUCGCACCCGCACAUCAUCGGGCUGGUGGGCGUGUGCAGCGCGCCGCCGAUAUGGAUCGUCAUGGAGCUGGCCACGCUGGGCGAGCUCCGGGCCUACUUGCAACAGAACGCGAGGAGGUUGGAGACAUGUACACUGGUGCUGUACAUAUACCAGCUGUCAACUGCGCUCAGCUAUUUGGAGAGCAAGAAAUUUGUACAUCGGGACAUCGCCGCGAGGAAUGUGCUCGUUUCAACGCCCACCUGUGUCAAGUUGGCCGAUUUCGGUCUGUCAAAGAUGGUGGAAGACAAAUCCUACUACAAAGCUUCGCGCGGCAAACUGCCUAUCAAAUGGAUGGCACCAGAGUCGAUUAACUUCCGGCGGUUCACCUCCGCCUCUGAUGUCUGGAUGUUCGGCGUGUGCAUGUGGGAGAUCCUCAUGCUGGGCGUGAAGCCGUUCAGCGGCGUGAAGAACAACGACGUGAUCGGCAAGCUGGAGAACGGGGAGCGCCUGGCGCUGCCGCCGCGCUGCCCGCCGCGCCUGUACUCCGUCAUGUCGCGCUGCUGGGCCUACGAGCCCUCGCAGCGGCCCCUCCAGCACCAGCUCAAGGAGACGCUCUUUGAGAUUUUGCAAGAGGAGCGGAGCACGGCGUGGGACACGAUGCGGCGGGAGAACCGGCGCGUCGCCGCCGCCUCGUGGGGCGACGAGCCGCCGCCCAAGCCGAGCCGGCCCGUCACUAACCUCACUGCGGCCUCGCCCCGCGGCGGCGGCGCGGCGCCGCAGACGUACAUCGUGGCGCAGAGCCCGCUCGUGCUGGCGCACCUGCUGCGCGAGAACCAGGCGCGCGCGCUGGAGCCGCAGGCCUACACCACGCCCGCCUCGGUAUUCAACACCGUCGCCGUCGACUUCCAAGCUCUGCCGGAGGACACCGACAUCACCAAAAUCAUCAACCCCAAACCUGACGAACUCGUAGACAUACCCCUCCAGACUGUCCCGAUCCCUGUCGCGUCGCUUCACAAACUCGAUCCCGUCGUUCCGCCCGAGGACGAGACUUUGACUGUCGUCGUCGGCGCUAGGGAGAGCUGCGAUAAUCUCUGCCAGAAUCCUGCCUCGCCGCCCGAGGAACCUUCUCCGGAACCGUAUGCUAAUAGAGUUAGAUCGUUAGAGAGGAACACCCGAGGGACUUUAUCCACCGCCGAACGGGCGCCUAUUAGGAUGGGUUCUUUAGAACGCAACGCUCGCGGCAGUCUUUCCCAUCGAGGCUCCCCCGUCCCUAUAGCUCCCUUCACUCGCCAGCACUCGGUCCCCGCCUCACCUCCGCCGAGGAACAGAAGAGAACAAGACAUAGGUCAGUUCUCCGUGCAGGGCUCUUUAAACGCACAGUUGGCCGCUAGUGUCGUCAAUAAGAUGCGAUCGCAACCCGAUCCGCCUCUAGUCGAAGAAAUCUAUGAUUUUGGAGGCGAUAAUGUCAAAAGCUGCGUAGCCGUCGCCGCCCAAAAGGCGGGUUUAACGAAGCAGCAAUAUAGACCUUCAAUGGUCGCCUCUCAUCCGGUCACUUACGGAGUGCCCGUCGGGGUCGUCCAAGGCGUCCCGUACUCGCAAAGUCCAGGGAAACCUAGUCAUGUCAUGAUGCCAAAGCAGAUGCCGUCGCCUCCUGUAGCUUCUAGUCAAGCGUUCUUUCCGCAGCGCUCAGCCAGUCCAUUGUCUCAGACGUUCGUCUCCCAGCCUACGGGAGUGAUCCCUCCCAUGUGUUACGCGAGCGCGUCGCAGCCCAUCUACAGCGGGCACAGCGUGGUGCAAGGGCCUCAGCCGGUGUCGUACCGGCCGCAGGUGUCCGCGCAGACCGCGAGCCAGUACACGGCGAGCGCGGCGUUCGCGCCGCGUCCACACUUUGCGUCGGCGACCGCUGUGGACGCGCAAGCACUGUACGCGUCGCGGCAAGAAUGUUCGGCGGUCGGCCAACCGGUCCAGAGUCCAGACUUGGACACCGAGCAAGCGGUGGAGAGACGCCUACUGGCCGAGCUGGCGAGACAGCAACAUCAGAGUGAAGAGGACCGCCGCUGGCUGCAGAUGCAAGAGGACAAACUGAAUCGCCUGUCGACCGUGCAGUCCACGGAGGAGCCUGCCGAGAAGCUGGCGGAGGGCGUGCAGAGCAUAGCUGUGCAGGACACGACACCCAACCAGACAGCGCCUAACUCGUCAGAAAAUAGUCCAGCGAACACUGUGAAGCCUAACGACAAGCCACCAAGCGAGGACAGACCUCGCCCGCACACGGACGACCCCGUGUACUGCCUGACGACGGGCGUGGUGCGCGGCGUCAUGCGGCUCGCGCAGCUGGCCACGCGCGGCGCGCCGCCCGCGCCCGCGCCCGCCCCCGCGCCCGCCGUGCUGCACGCCGUGCGCGCCGUCGGCGCCGAGCUGCGCGCCUUGUGCGCCACCGUGGACAGCGUCGUGGUGCCCUUCCCCAGCGCGGAGCAACGAGAAGUGGAGAUGGCCCACCAGGUGCUGAGCAAAGACAUGGCGGCGCUGGUGGAAGCGAUGCGCCUGGCGUUGCAAUAUGCCGCCACCACGCUACACCACGAGUACACCAAAAACAUGCUCGCAGCGGCGCACGUACUAGCGAUGGACGCGAAAAACCUCCUCGACGUUGUGGACUGCAUCCGCUCGCGCCACCCCGGCGUGGACUGGCGCGCCGCGCUACAAGCCGACCCCCCCGGCCCCUCCCCCCCAUUCUCCCCCCAGCCCCCCCACUGCUCCCCCCACAACACCCUCCAACCCUCCGUCCAAGACGAACCGAAGCCAGACUUCAAAGUCAACCAACCCGUUACCACUAGUCAAAUUACUACAACGGAACCCCCUAAAGAACAUAGCAGCCUCCCCGUAACUUCCAACCGCGUCUCCGCCCUGAUCCACAAUUAUAAUCUAUACGGCAAUAUUAGAGAGCAACAUAUCUAUGGGAAUUCUGAAGUCGGCGGAUCUUUUCAGCACUCCUCGUCGAGCAUCGAUGAAAAAAUCGAUGCGGCGCCUUUGGAAUCGGUCAAAAGUCGCAUACAAGCCAUGUCGGGCAAUAUAGACUCGCCGCCCAUAUAUUCCGUGAGCAAGAAAGUGAUGGUGGAUCAGAACGUGACCGAGCAAGGUUGAGAGCUUUAUUCGCUUGUAGUAUUUUAUUUUCGCCUCGGUGAGGCUGACGGCUUCACGGUAGUAUGUGCGGUGGUUUUGGGAGUAACUAGUGAAACUUUUUUUUAAAGUUUUACUAAGGCGUAUAGAAGCGACCGGCAGUAAUAUUACACGCAAAACUCAGCGUAGGGGGCGCCACUACCUCAAUCAAUAAAAGAGUCAUAUAUAUUUAUUCGUAACAAAUAAUCGGUGAAAACAUGUCAAAAAACCUGUUUACAGUACAUAUGGUGCUACUUUUGUGCGUCCGUAGGCUACGGUGACUGCUUACCAUCAGGCGGGCCGUUAGAUUGUUUGCCACCGACGUGGUAUAAAAAAAAACUUUACAGUAUAUAUGGUGCUACUUUACCGCACUAGUGCGAGAAUUAGCAUAUUACGUUACUGUGUCGAACAUUUAAAGGGCCAUAUGUACUGUAAAACGUUGUACUAUACAUGUGCGAAUAGGUAAUUCGCAACUCGUGUCGAUUUAAAACACUCGCUUCGGUCGUGUUUUAAUUUAUCGCCACUCGUUUCGAAUUUCCUAUUUUUCGCACUUGUAUCGUAAUGUACUAUUACGGCAUUGUAUAUAUAAAAUUAUUUAUUAAUUAUGGUUUACGGUUUAUGUUAGUGCUGCACUCUGGCGAUAGAACAUUGCAGUAAUACUCCCAAUUAUGAAGAAUAUUAGUGAUAUUCAAAAUUUUAUAAUCGAAAAGGUACAUAAGACACGAAAUCGGCCGUUUUAUUUUCUAGGUCGCUUCUAUACGCUGUUAUUCUCAAAGCAGUAGUGACUAGUACUUAACCGCGAUACUUAAUUUUGUUUUGAAGUUAGCAAUGCCGCUUCUAUUUUAUUUCGCGACUUUAAGCUUCGAAAGACAAUCAAACGAUUGCUCAAUAAUCUAUGUAGUGGAAUAGAUGUCAAUUUAAUUUAAGUCCCGAGCCAAAUAAUUCUCUUUAUUUUCGUUUAUAUGACAUAUAUGUUUCUUUAGUAAUAUUGGAUAUUCUCGCUUCAUUUUUAAGGAGAUUAUACCCAGGCCAAGUUCUGGUUCUUUCAAUACGAUUUUCUAUCGGAUAAACUAUAUAAUCGUUUAGUAAUAUCAAAGACACAUUUAUGGAGUAAGAUGUGUAAAAUCUAAGUUUCGUGCUUCGAAUUUGACAGGUAAACGAGAUGACGCUGUACAGCUCCAUACAUUUUGCGGCAACUCGGAUUGUCAAAAGUUGACGUUUGACAAUUCAGUGACCGCAAAACAUAUAGCGCAAUACAGCGCCAUCUGUUUUCAAUGUCAAAAUAAGGGGCACAUUUUACUUAGACUUUACCUCGCGAUUAAUAUCGAUAAAAUAACUAGUGACAUCAUCAAAGUUACACGAUUCGUUAGUUCGUUUAAUAGAAAAUUGAAUAGAAUAUAUCACAUAUUGGCUUAUGUGUUACUUGUUAUAUCUAUCAACAUAUCAUCAUCGGCAUUGUUGAGCUUCAAAUUAUUAUGACGUUUCGAUUCAAAAAUUAUAAAAUUUUAAUGACCUUCAAAGAUUUUUUUUUCAUAACUGUAGCUCAGAGUUAGGUGCAACUGGCUUCUCAUAAAACGAGCACAAACAUUUCGAAGUUAAAACCGAUUGAUAAUAUUAAUUUGUGAUAUUAUUGCCAAUAAAUUUUACCUAAUUCGAGUUAAUAUGGGCAACAGAUAAUAAAAAACACAAUAUUGAAUGAGCCUAAUGUCAUAGAAAAAUUAUUGUGAUUUUUAUUGUCAGUGUUGCCAUACGUAUAAUAAAAUAAGCAUCAGCACAUUCCUUAUAAUUGCACCUACCGCGUAAGUUUUGUAAUUACUCAUACAAAUUUUAUAUUUUUGGUGUAAUGUUGCAGUUUUUAUACCGCGCGAGCGAUUUGAAUCUUCCAGUAAACAGUAAAUAAUGGAAUUGUAUCGUGUAUUGUUUGAAUAAGGCGCAGCGCACAUGGAGUCGUACCAUAGACAAAAAUAAAUAUUAAAGACGCUUAAACUAGUGCAAAAAUUUUUGGCCGCGGAUUUGACGACGAGUUUUCAAUUUUGUUGUUGACAAUUUAGCCAUCUUCUUGAAAUGAAAAAAAAAAAUGUCUUUAUUUUUUUUCUUUUAGGCGUCAUUAGUAUCUUUGUAUAACUCGUAUAGUAUAAGCACUCCAUGUGUUCUGUGAAAAGAAAUUCUGUGUUGUAUAUUUUUGUUAGUUAAGGUGCCUUUAACUGUCACAACUUGUAAACUUUUGCAUUUAAUUUCUUCAAUGUAGCCACAGCAUUUAACUGGACUCGGAUUACUUUGUAAAAAUGUACAAACCGAAUUGAUUCAUAAUUAUUAUAAUUUUUAAUCCAAAGUUUUAUUGUAAGUUUAGAUCUCAGGGACUGUAUGUAUGUCGGUUAGUUUUGUAAUUAAAUAACAGAAUUUAUUUAUUGAUCAACUUCGGUUAAUGUAUAGUUUUCCUAAUGUGUUAGAGUUAAGCAGGAUUCAUUCCAAAGUGAAGGUGUACGUCGACGGCGAAGCUUCGUGCUUGCAAUAUCCGAGUGAUGGCCUUGAGACCAUGUUUUACCGAAAAAAUAAAUUGCCUGUAAAAUUUCUUUUUAUUACAUUGCCUAGAGAAAUAAGGCCUAAAUUAGCCUAUAAUAAUAACAUACACUUAUGGCAACAAACAGAACUUUUUCCAUCCAGUGUAACAAACUAUAAAAUGUUAGGUCGAAAAGCCAAGACUCGCACAUUAUACCUAGUCGACUGCCGGAGAUUAUUUACAAUUAUGAAAUAAAUAUAGACGUGAACUGGUUUUCGUUUAUGCAUUAAACUGAAUAAAGGACAAGUCAAUAUA